AUGGCGCCCGCCCCGCUCAAGCGCAAGAUGUCGUUCGCGACAGUAGAAAGGUAUGAGGAACUCGACUGUCUCAAAGAUAUCUAUUCGGAGACGCCGAACGACGAAGUCCUGGAGCAGGAGCUUCGAGAACCCUUGUUGUACAAGUGCUCGGCCUUAGCCAAGUUCCUCGUGUCCAAGAACCCAAUUACUUUGCUCGACGCCCCGGUAGUACUUCGAGCCAUCGAGGUGCGUACAGCUCAAUGGCCCAUCUUCCGAGAAAAAGCUCAUUCCCAGUUUCUUGAACGCGUAAUUGUCCAGAUCUCCACGGCUCUGUGCAAACGCCGCGAACCUCAGCGACUUACCCUCCACGACCUCUUCCCCUUCCUGGUGGCCACCAUCGCCGUAACCCAGCAAAAAAACAUCAACGAGAUCGAUUGGGAUUCUCAUGUCAGGACACUGUUGCUGAUUGCCUUUACCAUGGUCAACGAAGUAAAACAACCCCUCGGGGUCAACCCGUGGCAACCCUGGUGCCAAAGUUCGGCUGACUGGGCCAAAUCGCUGAUCAUUUUGGCUCGUCAUGCCGCCGUCUUCUAUGAGGAGAACCACGAAUUCCUAUGCGCGUUCAGGACUUUUGACUUUCGAAGCUACGACAUGCCAGACCUAAGGGUUUGGUUGAGUGGGGGAUUAACGGCGGCCAAAGUGUACAAAUGCCGCAGUUACAAGGACGCGAAGGACUUCUAUUUUCCAAUGCCCCCAAGUGUCCUUGACAGGUACAAAGAGGGAAUUGAGUCCAUGUGGGAGAAGACACAUGCCGAGAUCUUGUACGCGCAAAAACGCGACGCCCCCGAGCCGGGUAACGAGGACGACAGCGGUGUCAAGACGCCUAGCAGCGAGGAUGCCCCUAGAGCGCUCUUAUAA